AUGUCGAAGAACCCUGACGGAGACGGGGAUCUGCCCCCCUCGUACAACGAGGCAACGACAUCAUACCACUCAUCGUCGUCACUCAACCACAACUCAUCGGUCUCAGUGACCCUCAACAACCUCUCUUUCUUGCUCCGCGAAACGCAAGCUCAGCAGACCGCCCGUGAUACCGUCACGACAACAACCCUUCUUCCGCUCCUAACGCCCCACAUCACGUCACUCUUGACACGUCUAGGAACGACUCCUCACCCACCGAUUUCAACAGAGCUCUAUCUCGUGCCCGCUGCGGCAGUCGGUCCAGAAUGGAUCAUCGCUUCAGAUGCCGACCCAAAGGCAGGCCAGGUCGCGGAGGUCAUCCGCGUGGAACCGGAGCCCGACCCCGAUUCUAAGGGAAGGGGUGGCACCAAGGGUCAAAGCACGGGCGCAGCCUCCGGAAAUGCAGUUGUAGGUUCCCCCUAUGAAUUCGACGAAUGGGGCCGCUGGGACGACGACGUCAAUACAGGUGCGUCGACGUCAAGGGAAGGAGAAUGGUGGUGGAGCGAUGAAGGUCUGGCCCGGCGUCUCGCGAAACGGCUACAGCCCGAACCAAAACUCGACCGUACCGUCGUCCGUGCCGUCGUAGAAGAAGCAAAAGAGGAUAAAAAGGCCGGCCGCUGGGGGCUAUUCAGAGCGGGCACAGAUCCUUCAUCGUCACCUUCGUCGUCCUCAUCGGGCCCCCCGCCUUCUCGACAGUUUAUGAAGCCCACGUCUCCUUCCACAACAUUCGAGGAAAAUGUUACAAUGACGGUGCGCGGGGAGGAAGUCACCUUUCGCCGGGAAAACGAGAUGGGAAUAUGGGAGAGCAUGCGCGGAUUUGGAAUCGUGGGCUUAGUAGCAGUCUUCAUCGGCGCAACAUCAGGCAUCGGCAAAAGCACCCUCCAGCACCUUGCUCAACACGCGCGCUCCCCACACAUCUACACCGUGGCGCGCCCUCAGACCGUCGCAUCUCACGAGACCUUCCUUGCCUCGCUGCGCGCAAGCACAAACCCAGAUGCCAGCUACACCCUCCUCCCCGCAGAUCAUGCCCUGAUAUCCGACAUUGACGCCGCCAUGGAGACCGUUCUCCAAAGGGAAACAAAAGUCGACAUCCUUUUCCUCUCCGCGGGAUUCAUCGCCUUUGAAGGACGCCAAAACACCGUAGAAGGGCUGGACCCAUCCAUGUCGACGCGGUACUACGCCCGCCUCCGCGCCGUCCAAAAGCUCCUCCCCCUCCUCCACAAGGCGGCCCGCCCGCGCGUCGUAUCGGUGCUGGCGGCGGGGCUAGAGGGUCCCAUGCCCGACGAGGAGGACCUCGACCUCCGGAAGCCCGGGAAUUGGGGUUACUGGCCUGCUUCCGUGCAGGCUACGACCAUGGGUACGCUCGCGCUUGAGGUGUUGGCGAGGGAGAACCCGGGGUACCCUUACGAAAGCAUCCAGCCUGGGCGACAUUCCACCAUGCGCAUCACGAAGAAUAUCACGCAGACGGAGUGCGGCUUUCCGGUUGAGGACGACUUCGCCGCUGUCAAGAUCAUGCGCCUGGUUCUGUUCUUCACACUUCCCACUUUCGCCAUCAUCAUCCGAUUAGUUGUGAAGAUCGCCCGGAUAUCACCCUGGGGAUUUGAUGACAGUACCAUUCUAUUGACAUAUACAUUUUAUAUCGGCCAACUACUCUAUGUGUUCACGCUGACUCUGAUCAAAUCCUCUAUACUAUUCAUGUACCUCCGAAUCUUUCCCGGUGAGAAGUUUCGCUGGGUCUUGUGGACAACGCAAGUUGUUACCGUGGGGCUAGGGAUGGGCUCCGUGUUCUUAGUGGCCUUUCAGUGUCAACCCGUCGGGAAAGCUUGGAAACAAUGGACCGGGGAGGAGAGUGGUCACUGUAUACCGGUGCCGCCGCUUGGCGUGGUCCAUGGGGUGGUCAACAUCGUACUAGACGUGUGGAUGCUCAUUCUACCGGCAUCUCAAGUGCUUUUCCUGAACAUGAAGCCUCGAAAGAAAUGGGCGGUGAUGUUGAUGUUCAGUCUCGGCCUAUUCCUUACAAUCUCCAGCGGUAUACGACUGAGGGCGGUUUUGAGGUACACGACUGCGUCGACCAAUCCAACUGUCGAUGCAAUGCCCGUCGCCGUGUGGUCAGACAUAGAGCUCGACGUGGGCGUUUUCACGACCUGCAUCCCAAACAUUUGGCAAUUCGUCCGCCGCUUUAUUCUCAAAGACCCUAAACGAGUGGAGAAGUUGAGCUCGAGGAAUGCUCAGAACCAAAAUCUCGAGGAGUAUCCACAGAAGUCGCCGGCACCGGCGUCGACGGAGGUCGGGGAGGAAGAGCUAAGAUGA